UUUCGAUUGUCCACACGUUUUUGGUGGCGCAGGUCUUGGCACAGCAGUAGUAGCUUGCGCUCCCGCUCAACACAUCUUUAUCAUGGCCCCCGUACCUAAGAAGCUCGCAGGGGCGUCUGCCACGGAGAAGCGCGCACGGAAGGCCCGGCCUUCCCACAACAAGGGGCGUCUCGGCAACCGCGUCAAGAUGGUGCGGGAAGUCGUCCGCGAGGUGGCGGGCUUGAUGCCCUACGAGAAACGCAUCCUCGACAUGAUCAAGACGGGCGGCGCGUCCGCGGAGAAGCGCAUCUACAAGUUUGCCAAGCGGAGGCUGGGCACCCACAAGCGGGCUCUUGCCAAGCGCGAGGACAUCAAGGAGGUUUACUCCAAGAUGCGCGCUCGCCAGGCGAUGAACUAAAUCGCUUCGACGAACUGAGUCUCGUUAUUCUGUGCUUGGAGGAUCCAUCGCGAUUGCCUUCCGUAGGCUACGUAUCUGUGUCGCGGAACGCCGUCUGUUGAUACCUUUUGUAAACACGUCUGCUGUGUCGUCCAUGCCGGUGCGGUCUGUUCUUUUCGGCGCCGCACGCCACUGCCAAUUUGGCAAUGUCCGUGUGGUAACCGCUCUCGGGCGGGGGGUGCAGGCUCGAGCCUAGGGUUCAGCUCACCCACUGGGCGAUUACUGUAAGGUCUUUUACCAAAAGUGGUUCGGUGUCAAAGACUUUGAUCCGUGUCGGGGACCGCAGUAACGGGACUUGGGUGUGGAAGCCGGGGGUCUUUUGCAUAAGAUUCACGGGGGUGAGCUAAACUACUACGUCUGCUGUGCUGCGCUUCGGCGCAGCGGUGCAACAAAAAAACGAACAAAAGAACCUGGAAUUUGUUCUCAUGCGCCGAAUGAAACGCGCGAAACGUCGGUCAUCACUCGCUUUGCAUCGGAAGUCGGCGCUGGUUGUUGAGCAAUCAGUGUCCGUUUCGUUCGGUCCUCCCGUUCAUACUUGGUUGUUGCUGUUUUGUAUCAGCGGAGCCUGUGCUUUAGUCGAGCUCCGAGCGUUGUUUGCAAAAUAACUGCAUAAUGCACAACUAAAGAAAGCAGGUUCCCGCAAGAGACCAUGGAACUCGGUUGGUGCGAAUGUCGAUCGACGGAAUGACAUGCGGUAGACCUACGCUGGCGCCCAUUCGUUGUUGUCUUCACCAAGGGUCUACGUGUUUUUUUUAGCAAGACACGCACUCACAUGGAGGCCUACUGAGCGAACAUCGGGGUCCGGGUGGGGAGGGUGGUUGGGGGAGAUUCUAGUUUGCACUCUUUUACUUCGUUAUAAUGGCGGAAGGGGCACCGUGGAUAAACCCAUUCACGGUGAGGGAGCAUUGACUUCAUUUCGUGAAGGAAGCCCUUAUUCUAGUUCCUACAUAAAGCCGAGGAAUGAAUAACGUCCUCCAGCGGGGCGGGGGUGGUGGUGCGGGGUGCCAUGUGUCCAGCAUUUUCACGUCCAGUAGACCCACGCAUCAAUACAACACCCAACAACAAUUUGCAUGUUGACAAC